CACCCAGGUCUGCGGUAUGGACCCUCGCAGGACGUCCGAUGUACACAGCGACGCUAGCGGCGGCCGAUGCAGCGGAGAUUGAUCGAGACAGAGAUCUGAGUGGUGGGUGGAGAUUACUAACGUGCGACGUCAUAGCUAGAUACGCAUUUGUGGAAACGCCCAAGGGAAGGAUCUAGCAGGGCAAGCGUGACGGCGCAGACGCAAAAAACAGCUUCGGGAGGCGAUGGCCAUAGCAAUGGAGUUGUGGGUACGCAGGCGGCAGAGGGGUAUAAGAGUCUGCCUUUCUCGCAGCUGUCAGUCAAGCAGUUCUUCAUCAUCAGCAUUCAGAGAUACCCCAGCAUAGCUUUUACAACACCCCUUCGAGUUCACAGCCUCUAUCCCAUACGAAUUGACAACUACACCGAUACUCCAAAAUGCCCUCCUUCACCGUCUACAAGGGCUCCGACUCAGGCAAGAUCGUAAAAGCACAAACCACCCGGCCCGACUUGAAGAACGAUGACGUCCUCGUCAAGGUCACCGCCUCGGGAGUCUGCGGAACAGACGAGCACUACAAGCACGCAGACAUGGCCCUGGGCCACGAAGGUGCGGGUGUCGUCGAGGACGUCGGCCCUGGCGUUACCUCUCUCAAGAAGGGAGACCGCGUAGGCUGGGGAUACGAGCAUGACUCGUGCGGCCACUGCGAGUACUGCCUCUCCGGGCGCGAGCAGUACUGCCCCGAACGCAAGAUGUACGGCAUGGCGGACACUGACCAGGGAUCUUUUGCUUCCCACGGCGUGUGGCGCGAGGCCUUCCUCUUCAAGAUCCCGGAUGCGUUGACCGAUAUUGAGGCUGCGCCACUCAUGUGCGGUGGUGCAACUGUUUUCAAUGCUCUCCAAGCAACUGGCGUCAAGCCUACGGACCGCGUCGGCAUCAUGGGCGUCGGAGGUCUCGGCCAUCUGGCGAUCCAGUUUGCAAGCAAGAUGGGUUGCGAUGUUGUGGUUCUGAGCGGAACCGACAGCAAGAAGGAGGAGGCGACAAAGUUGGGAGCCAACGACUUCAUCGCGACCAAGGACAAGAAGGAGAUUGAUGUCGGCAGAAAGAUUGAUGUCUUGGUUGUAACGACAAGUGUCAUGCCAGACUGGAACGUCGUACUUCCUGCUCUUGCGCCGACCGCGACCAUCAUUCCCCUGACUGUGUCAGAGGGCGACUUCGUUAUCCCGCAGAACCCGCUCAUUCUUGGUGGACACACUAUUCAGGGUGUUGCUGUUUCCGCACGAGCUGUACAUCGCCAGAUGCUGGCUUUCGCUGCGCUACACAACAUCAAGCCCAUCGUUAUGAAGUUCCCAAUGACUGAGGGUGGUAUUGAGGAGGCUAUGGGAACGCUGCGCGACGGCAAGAUGAGGUACAGGGGUGUACUGAUCCCGCAGUAGGGGGAUGUAAGGUGCUUUCUUUAUGAGUACGGAAAAGCGGAUGCGGGAUAGACUAAUGAUAACUUAACGAUAAAUAUGAUAAUACUACAAUCCUGUUCAGCUCCCAGAGUG